UCUGUUUGGCCAGCGCAGAGGCCAAGCAGCGGCGACGAGUCCAGCGCGACGAGCCUGCCUUGGAGUUUCCCUCUUUAACACGCGCCAUACAAUCUGAGAGAUGGGCCGAGGGGACAAAGACAGUGACGCAGGCACUCGAGAGUCGAAGCGCCGUCGGAAAACCGCAGCAGAAGGUGCCAUCUCCCUGGCACUGACGGCAGAGAUGCCGAAGAAGACGGUGGCCUCGUCGGGCAGCGAGGGCGACGUCCCCGAGGCGCAAGCCGCCCUCAGGACGACCAAGGAGAAGGACAGCUUGAAGACCAUCGCCGAUACCUAUCAGGCAAGCUUAGAGCAUGAGUGCCAGGAAGCUCGGCAGAGGACUGAAGAUGAGGACCAGGAAACUGUGGCUAGGAUCAUCCAACACAUUCGCUUCCUCAUGAAAGAGAUCCUGAAACUAAAGACAGAAAAGCCUGAUCAGUGGUCGGCUGAAGUGGAAGAACGCCGUGUGCAGGUCCUCAUGCUGAUCUUAUCUUUACGGCGCUUGAGUAGGGUGCAGAAGGUACGCGUUCGUGAUGCUCGUGACAAGACAGCAGAAGCACGCCAGAGUGUGGAUGGUGUAACCCUCCAGCUGCAGAACCUGCUCUAUGAGGUGGCUCACCUGAAGAAAGAAGUGAGACGUUGUCUAGAAUUCCAGUCAGCCGACCAGGAGAUUGACUUGGUUCCUGUGGAGCAGUUUUACAUUGAGGCCCCUGAGUCCAUCAGUCGUCCAACAGAGACUGUGGACAAGCCUCAUGAGCAAAGGCUAGCACGGUUGCAGUGGGAACUGGAGCAGCGGCGUGGCCAGACACAGCUCUUUGAUAAGCUGACUCAAGAGAAGGAGUCUGUUGCUGACAUGAUAAGUGAACAGGAACGGAAAUUGGCAUCUUUAGCACCCAGAAUUAACAGUAUUUUGGAAGCAACUCGACCACUUCAAGAGGCUCUUGAUUUGCCUUUGGAUGCCAAGAGGGAACAGCAGAGAAUAGUGCAGUUACUUCCAAGUCCCUUAUACACACUUUGGGUGCAGGCAUCAGCCUAUGGGGAAGCCUUUGACCCAAACAUCAAGGUGGAAGUGAAUGGGGACGUAGAAGCUGCCAAGAAACUUAUUACAAAGGAGGAGGAUGCAAGAACAGAAAACUUUAGUGACUCAGAGAAUGACCAGGACCAGCAGGAAGAGAACUUGUCGCGGAAGAAGCGGACUCGUAAAUCACAGAAGAUGGACACAGAUGAUGUAGAUGAUGGAGUCAAACAGAUUUUGGCAUUACACCCACUGUCUGUAAAAAUUUGUGUCAACACCAAAGAUGGCAACAGUGUGGUCAUCACUUUUUAUCAUAUGCAAGUUCUGCGCAUAGUAACAGUCAAGUGCUCUGUUCACCUACAAGAGAAGAACAAGUCAGUGCUAUCAGAUGUGAUUAGUGGCGACACCCUCCUGAAUUGCCUGUUUCCGAAGGAUGAUGGGGAGGAAUCCCCAAACCCUGCCAACUUCUUCCAGCUUGUGCGCCUCCAGAUCCAGCUAAAAGACCACCUGGCAUCCACAGGACGACCUUACAAGUGGGCACAAAAUCUGUCUGGCUUGUCAUUCUCUACAAGUGAGCAGACCAACACAGAUGAUGGACAAGACAAGGCUGGAGGCUCAACAGUGACUACAAUCCCACCAGUAGAAAAUGAAGUAGUUAUUUGGCAAGAUAGUGCUGAACACAUGCAAAAUACCAUUCAGGCCAUUCGUCGCAGAUUACAGGCUCGACUAGCAUUGCAUACACAGCUAGUGAAUCUGGAAACUGCUAACUCUACUAGCUCUAUUGCGGUCCCAGCAGAACUUUUGCGUCAACAUUUUCCUGGCAAGGUCUGCACAGAAUUCAAGUCAUGGCGAUCUGUCACAUGGUCCGAGUAUAAGGCUGCACCCACAACACAGCUUCUGAGAGAGUAUGGUGUAGUAACUCAGCAGCAUCUGUUGUUCAUAGCAGUUUUUGAACGUAAACAUGUCCGUCUGGAGGCUCUUGUUGCCAUUUUUCCUGAUCACCCCAACACUGUGCCAGUCUUCUCCCUCUCCAUGCACUGGGAAGGCCAUCACCAAGCAGCCAACAACCCACAACUCAGACAAAUGGAGAAGGAAGUUAAUGUCCAUUGGGAUGAGCUGGUUUCAACCCGGAACGAGCAGCUCCACCUCUUGCCUCUGCUCUUGUACCGCCUGGCAGUGUGCCUGGAUGUCUUUACAGAGGCUUACAGUGCGCAUGCUGAUGCUCAUAAGCCAGACUCUCAGUUCCACAAGGAAAAGAUCUUUUUCAGACCUGCUAGGUGA